GUGCUGCAGUAGUUGUUUGGUCAGUGAAUAGAGUAGACGGCACUUACUCUAUCUAAACAGUAUAGUUACGUGUACAUACUAUAUUAUACAUAGUUUUAUGUAGAAGAUAACAAUUAUUUAAAUUUGUUGUGCCGUGUAAUAGUGAGAAGAGCGUAUCGCGUAUGAAACAUCUAUAUUCUAUGUAUUAGCACCGGGUUCACAAUUUUUGUUUUUUUUUAUAUAAACACAAUGGUGAACAUUCGAUGAUCACGACAAUCUCUGGAAUUUCUUGCGAUCGUGUUUAUCUUAUCCAACCGAAUGCCUCAAUAUAAUUUAUAAGUGCAUUGAUAGUACCUAUAUAACUAUAUAUAGUAGGUAUAUAUACCUAUAUGGUCAGUGAGCUGCACUGCCACAGUAUAUAAUGGAUGAUCUAGACCAAUACAUUGACAGUUACUCCAAACAACGAUGGAAAGUUUUCGUCUUGUUGUUGAUGGCCGGCACACCGGGUAGGUAUAUUCAAUGCUAUCCAGAUAUCGUCAUAUGUGUUUCUGGUCGACAAACCUUCAUACUGGUGUGAUAUACCAGAUCUGAAAUCAGCAGGAUGGAGCGACCAGAUGAUCAUUAAUGUUUCUAUGCCACAUCAAAAAUAUUCAUCAAAAAAACUUGAAGAAUGUUCUUAUUACAAUCAAAAUUAUUCAAUAUUUGCCAAAAAUGGUUACAAUUGGUCAAUGAAUAAUUUAGAUACUGCUGAUUCUAAACCUUGUCAGUAUUAUAGUUACAGUACCAGAGAAUCUGUUGUAACUGAAUGGAAUUUAGUUUGUGAUAAUGUAUCGAUGAAGUCCAAUGUCCACGCCACUAUGGCUUUUGGAAAGUUUGUUGGUGGACUUUUAUUUGGUUCAAUUUCAGAUGUAUAUGGCAGGAAGUUUGCUUUCAAUUUGGCAGCUUUUAUUUACAUGUUUUCAGGACCAUCUGCUGCCUUGAUUGAUUCAUAUGUAUUAUUUUUGAUUGCGAGAUUCUUGAUAGGUGUAGCUGGAUCUGGAAUUUAUGAAUCAUCGUAUACAAUAUUGACUGAGCUGACAAGUGGUAAGACUCGUACUUUACUUUGUCUUUUGAUGAAUAUGUCGUAUCCAAUUGGUUAUAUUUUGUUAUCAAUUAUUGCUUAUUAUGUACGGCCGUGGAGAAUGUUGCUUUUAGUUUUGUCUUUGCCCAUAUUUGGAUUGUUGAUACAAUGCUGGUUUCUACCUGAAUCUCCUAAAUGGUUGAUGUCCCAAGGUAGAACUAAACAAGCUUGGGUGGAAAUGACUAAACUUGUUCCAACUGCAGUUCAUGCAAACAUUAAUAAUGAUGGCCAAGAUAAUAUAGAAAUUAGUAAGAUAAAAAAUUGUAAUGGGAAAUUUACGGAGAUCUUGUCAGCAUAUACGUCAUUGUUUUCUACACCGGACUUGUCAGCAAAAACAGUUAUUUCUUCAUUUUUUGGAUUAUCUUGUGGUUUAUCGUAUUACGUUAUUGCAUUGAACGGGGAUAAUAUAACUGCUGAUCGUUACAUAUACGUUGCGUUAAACGGAUUUGUUGAAGGUAUAUCAUACGCGUUAACUGUUCCUUUAUUUCUAUAUGUUGGACGCAAAAAAGCAGUUUCAUCCUUUUUUUUCGCAUCAGGAAUAUUGCAACUGACAUUAUUGGCAAUACCACUUGAAAAGGCAAACAUUUUAUUAUGCGUGACUUUAAUUGGAAAAUUUUUCGUAAGUGCCUUGUUUUCAGCCAUUGUACUCUACGUAUCAGAAUUAUAUCCAACUACAAUCAGAAAUACUGGUAUCGGAAUAUUAUUGACAUUUUCUCAAAUAGGAUCUAUUAUUGCACCAUAUAUAGUCGAAAUAUUGGGAGCUAAGGCAUGGUAUAUUCCGAGUACAGUGUGUGGGACACUUGGUAUCUUUGUUUCAAGCUUGGUUCUGAUGUUGCCCGAGACAAAGAAGACAGUAUUACCAAAUACUCUAGAAGAUAUGAAAAACACUAAUUCCGUCAAACUUAGCAAUUGUUUUAAAUUUUAAUUUUGAAGUGGCUUUCUCCAAUUUUUUUCUUCCUCGUACAGUGAUUUUAUAUGUUAUUAAUUUUAUAUACAGUUCAUAAUUUGCGGUAAAUCUUUGAAGUUGAGAAGGUAAAUUUAUUACAUGCAUUGUUCAGAUGUAUUUUAUUUGCUUGAGGAUUGAGGAAGAAGGAUGGACAACAAUAAUGACAUACAUUUUAAUAAUUAUUUACUGAAUAAAAAAAAUGCUACCUAUAAUUAUAUUACUGUUGGAGAAAUACAGGGUAAUUUUAGUUGUAAAUAAA